CGCGCCUCCCGGAAGCGGCUCCGCUGAGCGGCCGCCAUGGCGCCGGCGUCGCGUUCGCGCAGCCCGCCGGCUGUCAGCCCCGAUCGGCGGGGCCGCAGGUCCCGUUCCCGAUCCCGGUCCCGGUCUCGAGAACGCAACGGCCUGAAGCGGACGAGCCACCGGCGGAGCCGCAGCUGGUCCCGUUCCCGUGAGCGCACGCCCGGCGGGCCCCGCUCCGCCCCGCACCACGGGCACUACCACGGCAAGGCCUGGCCCGAGUAUUACGAGAAGGAGAAGGAGGAGAUCCUGAGGCAGAGGAGGCUCAAUGAGAGGGAGAGAAUCGGGGAGCUGGGAGCACCUGAAGUCUGGGGACUGUCACCAAAGGUUCCUGACCCCGAUUCUGAUGAGCAUACACCAGUAGAAGAUGAAGAGGCAAAAUCCAAGAGCAGUUCUUCAGAUUCCAGCUCGGAAGAGGAAAAAAAGAAAAAGAAGAAGAAAAGAAAGAAGAAAAAGAGGAAGGCAUCCAAAAGAAAACACAGGAAACAUUCUGAGGACAGCGACAGCGACUCAGAGUCUGAGCAGAACUCCAGUGAUGAAGAUAAAAAGAAAAGCAAGAAGAAGAAAAAGAAGAACAGAAAGAAGAAAUAUAAGAAAAAGAAAAAUAAGAAGAGCAGGAAGGAAUCCAGUGAUUCAAGUAGUGAAGAUUCUGAUGAUGAAACAAUUCAAGGGGAAGAUCUCUGGAUUGAGAGAUCAAGAAAUACAGAAGCUGAUAGUUUGAUUGGCCCAGAAGCUCCAAAAACUCAUGCCUCUCAGGAUGACAGGCCUCUGAACUAUGGGCAUGCCCUCCUGCCUGGUGAAGGUGCAGCAAUGGCAGAGUAUGUGAAAGCAGGAAAAAGGAUCCCCCGGAGAGGUGAAAUUGGUUUGACCAGUGAAGAGAUUGCAUCAUUUGAGAGCUCUGGUUACGUCAUGAGUGGCAGCAGGCACCGCCGGAUGGAAGCCGUGCGCCUGCGGAAGGAGAACCAGAUCUACAGCGCGGAUGAGAAGAGAGCUCUGGCAUCCUUCAACCAGGAGGAGAGGAGGAAGAGAGAGAAUAAGAUCCUUGCAAGCUUUCGAGAGAUGGUCUACAGAAAGACUAAGGGCAAAGAGGAGAAAUAAUUUUAUAUUUCAGCUGCCAAGCAGCUGCAGACCUGUGCCAGAGGGAGCUUGGAAAAAGCCGCAAGUGCUGCGGUGCCUUUGACCCAGCAAGGCCGAACCUGGGGGUGUGCGUUACUUGUAUCAAAGAAACAGGGUUACUGUUGUCAGAUUUUCCUGAAUGAUUUGUUGAGCCAUCUACAAGAUGUCCCUGUAAAGUGAAAGGCUUCAGGGCAGGCAGGAACAGGCUGGGAAGAGGAGACCUGCCAGUGUUGUGUGCUGACUUUGAAUUGCACCAGAGGGAAGAUUCCAUGAGAGGGCUUUGAUACCUGAUGCUGAUAAGUGUGAUUUUUCCUUUUAUUUUGGCUAAGGAGAGCAGCCUGGCCAUCAUAAGCAAACCACUAGUAACUAGCAAAAACAAAGCUGCUCCCAAGUUCCUGUUUAAGACCCAAGACUGUCCAGUUAAGUAUUUUUUCGUAAGUCUUCUAGAUUUAUUUUUUGUUCUCAGAACAGUUGAGUUUGGUUUGUGGUUCAAACUAGACUUGUAAAUAGGAAUGAGUUUGUAAUUUAAUACAGAUGGGCUUCAGUUUCUUUAAGGCAAGCAGAUAGCAAUUGGGGUGUAAAGUAAUAGUGACUGCAGGGUCAGAUCUACACCACCAUAGCCUGUGGUAAAGAGCUCAGGUUGCUUGCUUCUUUUUCUCCUAUGUUAUACAUAGGUACCAGAGCAGUGGGGAGCAGUGAUUGGAACCCCUGGGUAUACACAGGUGGUAACAAGGAUUUAUCUUUCAAUUUAUUUGAAAUUUUUUUCUUUGUCUGUGGAAGUGUUCUAGAUUAAAACUUUAUUUUAACUCCU